GCUACAGCAACACCACUGUCGUCCUUUCAGUUUGACAACCCCCUUGAACAACUCCCACUUUUUCAGCUGCCGCAUAGGUCGCCACUCGAGGUUCUUCCUCCUCGUGAGGGAGAGUCGCUGAGGCAAAGCCAACGUCCCAGGGGAGCAGAAUCCACUAAGCCUCCCUAACACCCCCUGUGGUUCCAAUUCAACUCUUAAACUUUUGGAUGGUAAUGGCACCUUCUGCUAUCGCCAUCAUUGACCACAACGAAACCACUGUUUUGAAUGACAGUAAAAUCGACUACAUUGACACCACCAAGCAUGGCGUCGAAUCCGAUGUGACAGGCUUUGCCUCCAAGGCUCUCAUCAACAAGGUUCUCAAGGAGCAAAUCGCUCGUAUCGAUGUUGAUACCUGCGAACCAGGGGAGGAAGAUGCCUUUUAUGUGGCGGAUCUAGGAGAAGUGUACCGCCAGCAUCUCCGCUGGAAGCUCAAUCUCGCCCGCGUCAAGCCAUUUUAUGCCGUCAAAUGCAACCCCGACAAAGAAGUCCUGCGUCUCCUCGCAAAGUUGGGCACCGGCUUCGAUUGUGCGUCUCGAGCGGAGAUCGACAUGAUCCUGAGUCUUGGCGUGCCAGCCGGCCGGAUCAUUUAUGCGCAACCUUGCAAGACGAAAUCGUAUCUUCGACACGCGAGGAAGGUGGGCGUCACUCGCAUGACCUUCGACAACACCGAUGAACUCCACAAGAUUCGCGACUGCUACCCCGAAGCCGAAUUGGUUUUGCGAAUUGUGACCGACGACUCAGCCAGCUUGUGCCGCUUCAGCGCCAAGUACGGGGCCACUCUGGACGAGGCGAACGAAUUGCUGGUUCUUGCGAAGGAUUUGGACUUGAAUGUCAUUGGCGUGAGUUUCCACGUUGGGUCGGGAGCCAGCGAUCCCAAUUCAUUCGGCAAGGCUGUGGAGGACGCUCGUUUCGUCUUCGACCGCGCUGCCGAGCUCGGGCUCGACCUCAAACUGCUCGAUGUGGGCGGUGGCUUUGUCGAUGAGACUUUUGAGAUGUUCGCAGGAAACUUGAACGACGCUUUGGAAAGACACUUCCCACCUCAUGUGCGCGUCAUCGGCGAGCCUGGACGGUACUACGCUUCCAACGCCUUCACUUUGGCCACCCAUGUGAUUGCCCGACGCGAGGUUCGUGGCGACGACGGUAGCAGGGGUUACAUGUUGUACCUGAACGACGGAGUGUACGGGAACUUUUCCAACAUCAUUUUCGACCACCAGCAACCUGUUCCGCAGGUACUUCAGCGCUCUUCAGUGGACAAGAAGCUGGUCGAAUAUUCGAUCUGGGGCCCUACUUGCGACGGUAUCGACGUGAUUGCCGACCGGGUCUUUCUUCCAGGUGUGCUCGAUGUCGGCGACUGGCUGUUCUUCGAGAACAUGGGCGCCUAUACAAAGUGCUCGGCCACCAAGUUCAAUGGCUACACGGAUGAUCAUGAGGUGUUUUACAUCUCUAGUGAACCUGGCGCCUCGGCUUUGCUGGGCUAUGGAGCCGACGAGUAGAGGAUUCGUUGGUCAACUUGAAUGUUGUGGUGAAUGGGAAACAUAUUUGGAGGGAUAGGAUCCCUAGAUUUCAUUUUCUUGUUAUCGCACGCUCAUUUGGCAGACCAGUAUACG